AGGUCCGCUAUAUCAACAACAAAAAACAUUGCAGACUAAGAACUUAGAUACGCGAAGACUGAGAGUGAGACUGAGAGAGCAGCGCCUGCAGAAGGGAGGCAGAGAGUGACGAUCGGGUUGCAGUAGACACUACACCGGCCUUUCUGAUCGCAAGCUAGGGAGACCGUACAGCGACGACGCUGCGCUUACCAACGCGCGCUCGAGAUCACGGCGCUCCUGCGAACUGAAAAAUACAGAGGUUGCAUUACUACAAUGGUAUAAAGACACCGUCACAUUCGACUUGGCCCUCACCAGAAGUUGCAGUUUGGUGGACCUUACUUCGCUGGACGGGACCUCAUCGCACCAGCUGCGGAGUUGGGACGCGAGUCGGCGGUGUCAUGGCCACGAGAUACAGUGAGUUUCAGACCACCAACGAGCACACGUUCAGCGCGCCACAGCGUAUGCCAGGCUAUGGUGGCUACUGUCCGGGUGCAAGGUACCAGUACGGGGAGACAUUCGGCACGGGAACAGCGGCAUUCUUCCACGACUAUCGGCAGCGGCACCUGUCCGCAUGGCGCGGUGGCGACCAUCGGCUGGCGCCGUUCCCGGCGGUCUACAACGAGCCGUCGCACAUAGCCAGCACGCGCGACCGGUCGCGUGCACGCUGGAUGCCGCGCGUCAACGCGUACGAUCUCACUAUCUCUGGACAGCGGCAGGCGGACAUGCUGGAGUUUGACAGAAAAUGCCAGGAACACCGGGAAUGGUACCGGGAUCGAUCCAACUCCUGCCGGCCUGUGUUCCACGUCCCAACGCCGCUGAAUCAGAUAGCGACGGAAGAGGCGGCGCGGCAGUGGAAAGCCCCGUCGCACGCGCUCUUCUCCAGCCAAAGUACGGACGGGCGCCUCGGUCCCACCGAUAUCCCCAUUGCCAUGCAAGACGGGGAUCUCCCUAGUCACCGGGCUCUCCAGUAUAGCAACCGCAGUCACAGCGGACGGACGCCAGGAUCGGCUCGGCCCAAGUCCGGAAGACUGCCGGACGCAGAUGCGCGGCCUAUGUCAACGAAGCGCGACCGCCGCAUGCGCGACAGGGUGUUCGAGAAUCGCGUCGGCUACGAGAUAUAAUGCCGGAGAACGCAUUGCUACCACAGGCACGCACGCACAGUUCCUUGUGACAAACUCGCGCACAAAGUCGGGAAAGGCAUUCUUUCUUAGACUUUUGCCUAUGAUCUAGGAACAACUACUGAAGUAUAAUGCAUGUACUACAGUGCUGCUCAAUGAAAUCCAGUCGAGUCACUCUCAAGUAUGCGCCAGGCGUUGCGCAGCCCUAGACCUGCGAACACUGGGCUGCGAAAUGGUGCAAGGCGCAAACUUGAGCGACGCGACUGGAUUUCAUUGAGCAGGACUAUACUAUUGCCACGUGGCCGCUGAUAUCUUCUCACGAUUACAAUGCUCCGAGACGUGCAUGCUGUAGACAUGUAGCGUUACCAUGGUUACCCUAGUCACUACGCAUGCACACACCCGUGUGAACAACGAUGACAGUGCAUUGCACCAAUUUCUCUCGAUAGCAUUUUUCGUUUCGUUUGCAGUGAAUUGAGAUACAGAUUAUCAUUGAUUAGAAGACAAAUAAUUCAUGCCAUGAUGAUUAUAAUGAUUUUCAGAAUACAUGUACUGUGUGAUAAACUGAUCAUGCAACUCA